AUGUCCAGUCCAGUAGUAACAGCGCAGUGCUACGGGAAGGGUACGGGACGGCGCUACAAAAUGUUGAGUUUGUUAAUUUACGAAAAUAGUUAAUUCUCUCAGUGACAACAUGCCGUUUGUACAACGACAAGUUUAUCCCGUUCAUUUAGCGGGUCGGGAAAUCCCCGAAAAUGUUGAAAAUCCGUUAGAAUGCGUCAGUAAUCAGACGCUUUGUGAUGCCAUGCGUCAACUUGCGUCGUUACUCAAACACGCCGACACUAUGUUUAGUGACCUAGAACUCAAUUGUGGAAAAAUCUCAACGCGGACUCAGAAGUUAAAGGAUCGCCUGACGAUCCUUGACGAAAAUGUCGAAAAAUACAAUCCCAAAAAGGAAAAAAUACCUGCUGGAGACCUGGUAGAGUUCAGUAGGUUGAAGAAUCAUUACAAGCGGGAGUACGUGGAGACAAAGAACCUUUUUCAACCAAACUCUAGACCCAUCAGUGUACAUAUCAUGUACCAACAUGCUAGGAAUACAACAACACAGGUUGAAGGAAGAGAGGAAGUCUCCUAUGUCUGUGUUCCUAUUUUUAGUUCUUCAUCUUCAAAACAGAAAUUUAAAAACUUCGAAGUUGAAACACAGCAGAGUGAUUUGUACGCAGAGAUUUCUAAAUUUUAA